GUUUUACUUACCAUCAAACAGCUUUCAUUUUCUUGAAGAAUCCGCCGGCCCCGCCCUCCUGCGCAUCAGUUCAGUUCUGAAAUCUUUGGUCCACCCUCCUGGAAACAGCAGCACGAGUUGCGAGUCAACUCACUCGAUUCAGAGAUGAACGCCAUGAAAAGAAAAAGAUCUCCCGAAAGACCGCUGUCAGGCCAACCAAAGAAACUCUCAGAGGCGGAUGUUGAAGAAAUUGUAAAUCGCAAGGUCAGUAUUGCCAUGUCAAAACAAGAGGAUACACUCAAAGUGCUACAGCAAAAAAUCAAAGAAAUGGACAGCCCAAACUUUGAGGACAAGAUUCAUCAGCUGAAAGCACACAUACAGAAAGUGAAGAGAAGAGGGGAUGCAGCCAUGAUUUACAUAAGAAACCUCAAGGCCCAAGGCAGGAUACUCCCUGUUGAUCAGCAAUCCGACGUCCUACUCCUCUCGACCACCCCUCCUGCUGAGAACACUGCCCCAGGUGCUGUCACCAGCUCCAGGAACUCAGUCAGUGGAGAUGGAUCCAUUGAUGGAGUUUCCUCAAGCGAGAAUGACAUCGAAGACCUAGGAAGUGCCCAUUCCAGAAGAAAGGCUGUGGGAGGUUUCUGGCAGGGUUGGCGGGGCAGAAUGCAAGUGGUGGAUCUCACAGCGGAGGAUAUCCUAGCAAACUCAGCCGAGCCGAGCUGCUCAGUGACCACCAGCACUCCACCCCGUGCCUCUAACCCUAUUGUUCCAAAGGCUGAGAUGAAAAGCCCUUCGGCACCGGCUGAAAAAUCAUCUGAUGCCCCUCCCCAAAGUGUGCCUACAGCCCAGCCUGCUCCAGACCGUGGCCAAACAUCUCCACAGUCAUCAGUGAAGGCAGUGAAGGAUGAGCCGAAAUCACCCAAUCCUGUUUCUAUGCAGAUAAAGACUGAAGAUAUACCAUAUGGGAUAUCAGAAUCAUCUGAAUCUGCAGCGGAACAACAAGAAGCAACGAGUACCGCCCGUGUGACGACCACCCCUCCUGUUCCAGCCAGCACGCCAGCACAGGACAACACGGCUGAUGGCAAAGCGGCUAUGAAAGGAGCCAAAGAUCCAAAGACCAAGAAAAUCCUCGUCCGGGAUGCCAGCGGACAAGGGAACACGUGGAUACAAAAGUUGCACCCUCUGCCGGACAGGCCCUUCCCCUCCACAGUCCCGGCGGCCGCCGCCUCCAAGAACAUCCCGCAGAAGCUCACGCUCAGCGUGGUGCGCAUGACCGACUCAGCAUCGCCCGCCAUCUGCUUGAUGUGGCAGGUGGCAGAGGUGGACCCGCAUGGGCCCGAGAUGGACAGCUACUACAUCUACGGCGCCCAGGAGAACCUCGACGACACCUUCUCCCGCUGGACCCAGAUUGGCCACAUCAUGGCCACGGCGCUGCCCAUGGCCUGCCGCCUGUCCGACUACAUCAGCCACCGGCGCCUCUGCUUCGUCAUGGUCGGCAAGGACAAGUACGGCCGCUACGGUCCCUACAGCGAAGUGGAGUGCAUCUAUGCCAGAUCAGCGAGGGCAUCCUGAAGGGCAGGAGAGUCGAGGUCGAGGCUGUGCCGCCAGCAGAUGCCCACACCAUCUGCAUAGGAAGACUGUUGUUAGUUUUGUGCCCACAUGAACCAGACAUGCGGUAUCCAGACCAGGGUUUUGGACAGAGGACGCAUAGUCGGCUUCCUCUAUGGAUAAAAUCUUCAUUAUAAGACUUGUUCGAAGUGUUUGUUUUGUUUUGUUUGUUUUUGGUUUAUCCUGAGAGAUGUUACAUUUCAGCAUAGUGAGAUCUGGGUAAACAUUUAUAUGCUCGUAUUCUCUAUAUAUGCUGUCUUUUCGUGCAAAAUGUUGCAGAGAUCUUAUCUAACCGUCAGUAUUAUCCAUGUGCAUGUUUUGAUAAACACCGCAGUGAAAGUCACUAGUUUUAAAGUUCAUUAAAGAUGAAUCAGAAGGAC